CUCUUGGAGAUAUGUCUGCAUGCACACACAGAGCGAGACGGCGGCCAUGUAGAUAGCCCGCCAGGCACGGCUCCAGACACAUGCUCUCAGCCGCCCGCCGCGCCCGCUGCGCCCGCCGCUGCAGAGGCGCCUGCUGCACCCACACCGCCGUGAAUCCAUCCCACCUCAUCUGGGCCACCCGCGGCGGCCACUGCGAGCCCAACCCACCACCAUACAGCUAUAAUACCUCUGCUACGCCCGCCCCCAGGCCUCCGCACCGCCAGUGUUCCGCGCGAGAUGAGCGCGGCGUGAUUAUUAACCGCUGCAACCCGGCCUGCCAUCGCCUUCCAUCGCCUUCCAACGGAGCUUCGAGGCACCCGCUAUACCAAGUGCCCGUACGCUUCACCGUCGACCCCAUCCGGCCGGCCUGGCACACGCCCAUCCCGGAAACCAGCAACCCAUCCUCUCGCCAUCGCCAGUGUACAACCCACCGGCACCGAUUCAGCGCCGCCUGCAUACCAGCCCCAACACCGCGACCAUGCCCCGCGUCACCAUAUCCAUCAACGCCCCCGACGAGCAGUCGGACCAGGAGCUGCUUACCCUCGACCUGCCGCCCGGACUCACCGUCCAAGACCUCAAGGUCUUCGUUCAGGGCGAGACCAACUUUUCCCCGCAAUCGCAGCAGUUGUACCUGAACGGCCGACCUCUGAACAACGAUGCCCAGACACUCGAGGCUGCCGGCAUCAACGAUGGCGAGAUGCUGGCGAUGCUCAUCCGGCGGCCCGGGCAGCCUGCGCAAGGAGGACGGCCCGCCGCUCGCCCCCAAGGUGGUGCACGGCGGCGGGGAGAGGUGAACUCGGACGAGCUAGAAACUGUGCGACUGCGCUUUGCCGGCGACCCCGCAGCCAUUGCAAACCUCCACGAGCAGCAGCCAGAGCUGGCCAGUGCCGUCAACGACCCCACGCGCUGGAGGGAGCUAUACACCGCCAUGAGACAGCAGGAAGAAGCGCGUGAGCGCGAGCGCCAAAACCAGAUCGCCCUACUCAACGAAGACCCCUUCAACAUCGAGGCGCAGCGGAAGAUCGAGGAGAUGAUCCGGCAGGAUCGGGUCGUGGAGAACCUGCAGCAUGCGUAUGAGAACAACCCUGAGGGUAAGCACGACGACACCUACGCC